AUGGCCACCUUGCAGGAGACAUUUGAGAAGGUGGAAAAGAUCGGGGAGGGUACCUAUGGCGUGGUGUACAAGGCUCGCAACAAGCACACGGGGGAGCUCGUGGCCCUCAAGAAGAUCCGCCUGGAUGCGGAGAGAGAGGGUGUCCCCAGCACUGCAAUCCGAGAAAUCUCACUGCUGAAGGAGCUGAAACACCCCAACAUAGUCAGGCUCCUGGAUGUCAUACACAGACAGAGGAAGCUCUAUCUGGUUUUAGAGUAUCUGAAUCAGGACCUAAAGCAGCACAUGGACUCAUCCCAAACUGGACAGCUUCCUUUAAGCUUAGUCAAGAACUACCUUUUCCAGGUGCUGCAGGGUGUGAGCUUCUGCCACUCACACAGAGUCAUUCACAGAGACUUGAAGCCACAGAAUUUGCUCAUUAAUGAAGCAGGAGCAAUCAAGCUGGCUGAUUUUGGACUGGCAAGAACUUUUGGUGUGCCCCUGCGCCCAUACACUCAUGAGGUGGUGACUCUGUGGUACCGAGCCCCUGAAAUACUGCUGGGAUGCAAAUACUACUCAGCUGCUGUGGAUAUCUGGAGCAUUGGCUGCAUCUUUGCAGAAAUGGUGACCAGGAAGGCCCUGUUUCCAGGGGACUCUGAGAUCGAUCAGCUCUUCCGGAUCUUUCGCACGCUGGGCACUCCCACCGAGGUCACUUGGCCUGGGGUGACCCAGCUGCCUGACUACAAGAAGGAGUUUCCCCAGUGGACAAGGAAGGAGAUGAAGGAAAUUGUUCCCAACUUAGAUGAAGAUGGCACAGACUUACUGGUGCAAUUGCUCCUGUAUGAUCCCAGCAGGCGUAUCUCAGCCAAGGCAGCCCUCAAUCACCAGUACUUGUCCAAGAGUCCUGGGGAGCAACGUGUACCGCAGAGGCACUGCAGAGAAGACACAGCUCUCCCCAGGCAUUCACACCUCUGGGUAGCAGUGCAGAUCUGGUUUUGGACCAGUGCCACAGGGUAG